CGCGAUGGCUAACGAUAAUUAGCUCACCGAGUCAAGUAGGUGCUGGGACACCGGGUCGUGGUUAUUUCCCUACAGCUGCAGACGCUGCUCUUGUGUUCUAAGCCAAAAACGGUGAAGCAGAGCGGACACUACCAGGAGAAAGUGGCUUUUGGACUGAAGCUUCAUAGCUGACCCUUGGACAGUCCGCGGCUUUCGUCCUUUAAUCGGCAGAAUUCAUCCAGCCACUCUGUAGACCUUCAGCCCUCCAGGCGGGACAGUGGCAGAGGCAGAGCCAUCAGGGAUCAGGCCAGCAGGGCUCCAUGAGCACAACGGGGCACCAGCACGUUGGGGGGCUGCGUUCUCGCCGAGGCCUUUGCCGGGACAAGGACUUGGGGCAAGGCAUGGGCAUGGAGGCGGCCUGCUGGCUAUCUCCUGGAGUGCUGCGGAGGCUGAUCGAGCUUCCUUCUCCACCGCUGUCUCGGCACCAGCUUAAGAGACUGGAAGAGCAUAGGUACAGCAGUGCUGGCCGCUCGCUACUGGAGCCUCUGAUGCAGCGGUACUGGGAGUGGUUGGUGGGACAGGUCCCUUCCUGGAUUGCCCCCAACCUCAUCACCAUCGUAGGCCUGGCCACCAAUGUCUUCACCACCCUCGUGCUUGUCUACUACUGCCCUACUGCCACCGAGCAGGCUCCUCUCUGGGCAUACCUGUUGUGUGCAGUGGGUCUUUUUAUCUACCAGUCUUUGGAUGCCAUUGAUGGGAAGCAGGCCCGACGCACCAAUAGCAGCUCUCCCCUGGGCGAGCUGUUUGACCAUGGCUGUGACUCCCUCUCUACAGUGUUCGUGGUGUUGGGAACCAGUAUAGCAGUGCAGCUGGGCACCAACCCAGACUGGAUGUUCUUCUGCUGCUUUGCCGGGAUGUUCAUGUUCUACUGUGCCCACUGGCAAACCUACGUGUCGGGAACGCUGCGCUUCGGCAUCAUUGAUGUGACUGAGGUGCAAAUCUUCAUUAUAAUCAUGUAUUUGCUGGCCGCCGUGGGAGGAUCUGCUUUUUGGCAGUCACUGAUUCCUGUCCUCAACAUCCAGAUGAAAAUGAUUCCCGCCAUCUGCACUUUACUAGGAGCCAUCUUCUCCUGCACAAAUUACUUCAGAGUUAUUUUUACCGGAGGUGUCGGUAAAAAUGGAUCCACAAUAGCUGGAACCAGCGUCCUCUCUCCUGUCCUCCAUAUUGGUUCAGUAAUAGCUUUGGCGGUGAUGAUAUACAAGAAGUCUGCCGUCCAGCUCUUUGAGAAACAUCCAUGUCUCUAUAUCCUGGCGUUCGGCUUUGUAUCGGCCAAAAUCACAAAUAAAUUAGUAGUAGCACAUAUGACAAAAAGCGAGAUGCACCUCCACGAUUUAGCCUUCCUGGGGCCGGGAUUACUGUUUCUCGAUCAGUAUUUCAAUAGUUUUAUUGAUGAGUACCUGGUGCUCUGGAUUGCACUGAUCAUCUCCUUGUUUGACCUGGUGCGCUACUGUGUCAGUGUUUGCAACCAGAUUGCCUCCCAUCUUCACAUUUUUGUUUUCAAAAUCAAGCCUUGCAUAGUCCCCAGUUCAGCUAAUCACUGAGGGCACGCCAGCCAUUACUGACUCUGUCCCUUCCACUUAGUCGCACUCAUCUCCCCUUUCCCCCGGUUUUCCUCCUGAAGAGGCAGGAGUCGGUCCGGUGUAAAGUAUGUGCUUCUGCCAACUGAAUGUGAGGACAAAUAACAUACAUUAAGAUACUGGAAAAAUGCCGUCACUUUUUUUGUUUUCCGCCAGUGCAAAUCUGAAUUUCUGACAAAUUCAUGGUUACAGAGAGCAAAUGUUUCAGAGGAGUACAGGUGCUACUCGGCGUAUCCAAGGAGAGAAACCUACAUGUGUUUUAACUGUAUAAGUGCAAGAAAAUGUUGAAGAAACGAAUCAAGGUUUUUGCUUUUCAUGAUAAGGAUUUUUGUAAUAUUUGCCUAACUUUAACUUUUGCUAUUGUAAAUAAGAAACCGUUACAGUGUCUGUGCUUCUCAAGUUAAGUCCUGCUUAUAUAUAUAUAUAUAUAUAUAUAUAUAUAUAUAUAUAUAUAUAUAUAUAUAUAUAUAUAUAUAUAUAUAUAUAUAUAUAUAUAUAUAUAUAUAUAUAUAUAUAUAUAAAUAAUUGUCUUCAUGUAUAUGAUUUCUUUUUGUUUUUCUUAAAGCAACUUCAUCUUCUGCACAUGAAUCAAAACUGUGCUGCUAUUUUGUAUCAGCAAAAUAUGUUUUUGGAGGAAACAGCAGCAACUUUAUUUUAUUAUGUAACAUAUCCGGCCGUUAUUUUAUUUUGUUUUUUUUUUGUACUGCAAAAAUACUCACUGCCACUCCUGUCUUGGUUAAAUCUGUAAAUUUUUCUUUUUACUUUUGUACACUUUAAAGUUGGUUCUUUACGUUGAGUUUUGGUUACAAAAGAAACAAACACAUUUUUUGGGGAAAAGAGUGGGCGCAGUUUGAAAUUUUCACUAACAGAUCUAUAUUGAGUUAGACGACUGUUUUUAAUAAUGUUUGUAGUUUUGCCGGUAUUUAUGGGAGGCCUCGAGAUAUUAGUGGCCUUUUGAUCUAAACAAUAAUCUAACGCAAGUAGUGUGCCACAUAUAGAGCUGUUAAUGACUAAGAUUUAAUUGCAGCAGCACGUGUUUUGGUCCUGUUACUGGCCACUUCACUGGCUGCACCUCCACAAAAAAAAAAAAAAAAAGAAAUCCCAUGAAAAGACCAAAUCAUACCUGCACGUCUCACUUUUAUCGCCUGCUUUUGCUAAGAUGUUUGCACCUAUUGGGUAGUUACGGUGUGGUACAUUAUUUUGAUUAAAGCUGACCUAAUUUUCUAUGCUGCUUCUUCCUUUUUAUUUUACACCUUAUUUCCUUAUUACUGUUUUCGUUUGACGAGGGGAUUAAAACGAGGGUGUGUUUGUUAACGAUGUGCAAAUGUCGCCGAGUCGUGGCUUUGAUUUCAGAAUUAUCCUCAUUAGUUCAUCCAUUGGCACUCCUUCCUUCCUCUUUUUUUUUUUUUUUUGUUUUUGCAUCUGUCUUUUCAUUGGAUUUGUGGACAGGCAAGCCACACAGCCUCACCAGACCUAUGAACGCUCAGUGCAGCAGCUUUAACUGGAUCGCCCGUGUGAGCCGCGUCGAUAUUACCGUUUCCCCCCUAAACACGCAUCUGCUGCGGCAGAACAGGCGCACAUGUGGAUGAGUGCGCAGGAGAUGAGGUGAAAUAGCAGGCUCACAUUCUUUUUCUUUUUUUUUUUCUUUUUUUUAAAGUGACGACUGAUGAGAACUUGAACAAGUUUUAUAGAAGCUUGUUUAUUCUGUGCAGCUGCUGCUCGCUCACCUCAAACUGAUGCUGUGUUUAAGAUUGCUGCUCCUGGAGGGGUUUCUUCCCAAUGAUGGUCUGGAUUCAUGCAGACCAGAUAAUAGUUUCCUGCUUAUGCAUUUUUUUUUUUUUUUGUGCCUGUUUAUAUUUAGGUUUCUUCUGCAGAGUACGUUUCUAUGCCUCUACAGUUUCCUUCAAUAACGUGAGUAAUGCCAAGUGUUGAGUCUCAGUGACGUGCAGUAUCUCAGUUUUCUUUACUGGUUUCAGGUCGGUGGUGGUGUUAAUUAUCCAAAUAUAUGAAUAUAUCUUUACGUAAGUGUUAAAUGACCCAGAUUAUAGUUACUUUUUAAAGAUAUUAUUGGAAACAUAUGGUUAACUGAAAAGGAAAACUUUAAUUUGGAAGUGUGUUUAAUGUGUUUUGGCCCUAUUAAAAAAAAAUCUUUUUUUUUUUUUUGUACAUUUUGAAGCAAUACAACUGGAAGUGGAAAUGUUGGCGUUUAAUAGAGAAGGCUUUUUUUUUUGAGCCAUGACAAAUAAAGUUGUUUUUAAUAAAAGGACUUGCUGUUAAUGGUAAAAUAAAGUUUCGUUAGAUUUUUGUGGGACACUGAAAGAAUAACAUAAAAAUAAAUCAAUGGGCAAAUAACGUCAACAAAGUCCAAUAUUUUUAUUUUAGGAUUAUUAUCUCCAAAACUCCCCCGAUUAUAAACCAGGUGAUAAAAGAAGUGUUUUAAUUAUCAAAAAAAAAAAAAAAAAAAACGUUACUGAACAUUUAGCAGUUAUAAUUCCCCAAAGUUUCUUUUACUCCAAAUGAAACCUUUUCCCAUUUGAUAUAUUAUUUUGGCUUUCUAAUGAUGUACCAGGUUGCAGGGAUCUGGGUCAUAGCUGAGGGCUCCACGUCGCAGGUUAGGUAUGAAAUACACGGGGCGUCUAAGAAAGGUCAGUCAGAGAAUGUGAUUUUUCUGUCUUUUGUUUGUUUUGCUCAGUGCUCGCGUACGAAAUGAGAAAUGAGCUGAUUCCUCAUUUUUUGCAUGUUGUAAUGUUCCACUGUACAGUUUGUAACCUGGAGAGGCUUUGUAUGACUUCUACCUGAAAACUCAGCUCAACACAACUUUUCAUAACAACUCUGUGGGGUGCAUCAUCAGUGCUGCAGCUUGUGUGCUUAUAGUUCCUGGCAUCAGGUCCACUCAUCUGUGAAGUAAACGACAAAAAAAAAAAUGCCUUAAUGAACUCAUUUGUUUUCUAUUACUUUGUACAAAACGAAGCCUUUCUCGAAGAGCGUGUUGUCACUGUGUGUCCGUGCUCUCGGGGGGGGGGGGGCUUGUGGAAAAGUUUGUCUUCUGUUGGCCAGAAUGCAAAGCUCAGGUAUUUCACCAGUGUGCACCACAAUGUGUUGGAUCACCUGACAAUCUCUGCUUCAUCUAACAAUGCAAAUAAAUUUCAUACUCCACCUGAAA